GUGAGCUGGGAUUGCGCCACUGCACUUCAGCUUGGGAGACAGAGCGAGACUGUGUCUCAAAUAUAAAAUAAAACAACCAAACCCAGAAUGUUCUUUAAACCGUACAAGCAGAACAGUAUGUGAGUCUCAUGGGCAUUAGGACUACUUUAACAAAUCGUCAACCUUGCCCCCAGUCUCCAUUAUGUUUACCAAAUAACUUUAAUAUUUUCACUGAGUUUUAUAAAUUUAGAUUUCAGGAAUAAAUCUAUACACAUAAAAUAUUUACUUUUAAUCACUGGGGUUCAUUUGAAUCACGGGUUCCACCACCUAGAAGUUUGCAAUCACCGCCUAGCAUCACCACUGUGUAAGGGUUCGUAUGGGGCCGUGGUAUGGGACCGUGCACUGCGCUCAGAUUUGCUGUUCUGUGAAGACAGUCCUAAAACACAGCUGUUGUGUCACAAGCUUUCGAGGACAUGGAUAUUUAAUUUGGAGGGGUGGGUGACUUGUAAAGGUGUCCCAGCAGGGAACUAGAUGAGAAGGAGAUUUGCUUCCUGAGUAUACUUCUUCUCGGGCCUGGCACCUGGACAUUGAUUUGUCGAAACACAUGAGCACUGUCCUGUGGAUGUCGGUACAUGUGAUCUUUUAAUUGCCCCUCUGCAUUUACCCUGUGCACUUGUGAUGUGAGUAAUUAGCUUGAAAUGCAGCACCAUGAUUAGUUAGAGGUGGUGAAUUGGCCGAUGAUGUACCAUGAAGAAAAAUUAAGAAAAUAUGCCAUUUAAGAGUAAUUCAAAAACCUACCAAGUGGUACUUAACGUGAAAUGACAUUUAAAAGCAUUUCACAUUCGAGGAUGUGCGUCAGCUGCUGUGGCCUAAAACCAGUUUAAAUAGCAGUUUGAUUCUGCCGCCGGCAUGUCCUGAACCUGUGAACGUGACUUAGCAUCCGCAUUUAGAAGACGUUUCUUUGCCUGUAUGUAGGUGACGGUGGUUUGAAGUGUAUCUUCUCCUCUUCUGAGAGCCAUACUUGAAGAUCGUGAUAAUUAAGUUAGGGGAGCAGCUUUCAACUCCUUCAAAAUGUCUUUUGAUAUUUUGGAGACCUAGCCAGGCAUGGUGGUGGCUCAUGCCUGUAACUCCAGCAAUUUGGGAAGCUGAGAUGGGACGAUCACUGAGCUCAGGAGUUUGAGACCAGCCUAGGCAACAUAGCAAGACCCCAUUGCUACAAAAAGAAAAGGAAAUUCGCUGGGCAUAGCAGCUCACUUCUGUUGUUUUGGCUACUCAGGAGGCUGAGAUGGGAGGAUUGCUUGAGCCCCGGGCGUCAAGGCUGCAGUGAGCUAUGAUCGCACCACUGCACUCCAGCCUGGGUGACAGAGCGAGACUGUCUCACACAACAACAACAACAACAACAACAACAACAAAAACCAUGCACACACAUCGAAGACCUGGGCCUUCAUUUGGUUUUCCAGUUGGGGGAUUUCAGCGACGUGCCUUGAGGUCCGCGGCAGGAAGCGGUGUGGUGAUCAGCACUGGAUGAUUGACAUGAAGGUCCCCAGGUCGCCUCCUCCCAGGGCGCCUGGCCACAUUUCCAUCUGCAGAGGAGCCCAAAGAUGCCACCUGCGAUGCUCUGGGCUAUUGGAUGACGAAUGGUGCCUCAUGGACUCCAGGGGGACCCAGCGCCCUCUCCAGAGGCGGUCUCUUCCUCCAGUGUCUGGUUGGCAGCAGCUGAAGCGCUGCCCACAAAGGUGCGCUGCGUUAUGACCCAGUCGUGUUCAUCUUUGGACCCCAGAUGCAAAGAUGCAGAGCUGCCAUCCUUAAUGCCCAUGUUCCUCUCGGAGCAGCUCUCCCUGUUCCACAGCCCCUUGCUGUCUGCACGCCCCCGAGCUUCUCACUUGGUCAGGUCGACGGUGCUGGCCAGUGCUGGCCGCACAAAGCAUGUGGGAGUUCACGGUCCUGGCGCAGGUCAUUCACGAGCUCCUUCCUAUUCAGGGCUUGGGGAGGAGAGGGGCCUGAGCUUUGCCUGUGGGCUGUCCGCACUGAUGUUACUCACUGGAUGGCCUUCCUGGGCUGGAGUGGGGAGAGGAUCCUAUUCCCUGCUGUUUCCACUGCUUGGGUCCUUGUGGCAGACACGGGCUGGCACACUGCAUGCAAGCGGAGAAAGUCAGCAUGGCCUCUCCCAGCUCCCCCCACCGGACGCUGUGGACAUCAGCCUGGCACUCUUACGUGUCCCUGCAAGGCCCCCGUGUCCUGCCCCCUGACUUCUGCCCUAGGCUGUUUGCGUGAUGCAUCUCCUGUGCAGUCCGGCCAGCCCUCCCUCCUCCUCCAGCAGACAGUGGAGACCUAAGAGGUGAUGCGUCACGGCAGCAGGACCCCACCCCUUGGCCUCAGCUGGGACAGGCAGCAUCAGAGGACGCAUUUAAGGUAGCAAAGGCCUGCACUGAUUUCUUUUUGGGUCACGUCUUUUACAAAGAUGUUUUGCUGGGGGCUGUCUGUGGUCUGCCACGCUUAGGUGGAGAAGGAAGCUUUCUUCCCCUUCUCUUCCUGACUGGCUUCCCUUGGCGGUGCUCAGAUAUUCCACCUGCAGGGGCCACCCAUGGGGCCUGCCCAGAUCCACUUUCCCACAUAUUACUUGACUUUAAAUGGGAAACAGAGUAAACAUUCUUGGGUGACCCCCAUACCUAGGAAUCCUGGUUAUCUGCCUUCUGCUAAGACCUGGGCCAGAGACUGGUUUACACCUGUUGGGCCCCCGACCUCGUUCUGACAAAGGCCACGUCUGUGUUGAACCUGGUGGCCCAGGAGACUGGAGUCGGUCAGUGCCUGUCCCUCCCCGUUGCCCAUCUGGGCUUGUUCCCAGCCGAGCACUGAAAGGGAGUAGCGCUGUCUGUGCUAAGACCCUUGGAAAGAAGAGAUUGUGGAAGGCGAUUAGGAUGAGUGUCUCCCUGAUUCAGGCCUGGUGAGGGAGGAGGUGGGGCCGCCUGAGUUCAGCGGCUCAGCGGUGUUAACUAGGGAGCAGUGCGAGGUGCAGUCAGGGCAGGAAAGGAGGACAGUCCCGCCCUCUGUGGCCUGGGCCGCUGACAGCAGGGUGGGGCGAUGGGGAGCGGGUAAGUGGAACCAGGAGUCCCCAGUCCUCCAGCUUAGCGUGACUCAGUGUGUGAACCCCUCACUGGGGACCCCUCUGUGCCUGACCCCACCCAGAGGGGCAGAUGACACGAAAAUCAACCACUGCAUCCCCAGGACCGCCACACAUCCGCUGAAGGAACAGCUGCAUCUGCCGGAGGGAUGCUCUGGGCCCUGCGGGGCAAGCAGGUCUGAGCCUCAGCCUGGUGCAUCUCUGCUGGAGUGUGGUGACAUCCUCCGUCGCAUUUCCCACUUAGAGGAAGCAGCAGCAGCUUUGGGCUGAGC